AUGGGUUGCAUGACUUCGAAACAAAAGGGCCAGCGGUCCUUGGUCAAGAAACCCACUGUUGUGGCCCAAAAUCCCCCAGCUACAGCCGAAACCACCAUAUCCAGUAGCGGUUCGACCGCGACCUACGUCGAGAAGCGGUCCUCCCAGCAGCCACCCGCCUACACCCCGGUCACUGCCGCCGGAAAAUCAACCAGCCCCGAGCCCUCCUCACCCGCUACUUUUCCAAACUCUCCCGUCCAGCCUGCCGACUGCUCGAGCCUCACGCAGAACGAAGAGGUGCUGCGGGCGCGGGUCGAGGAGCGCAGGAAGCGCCGCGAGGAGGAGCAGAAGCGCGCGGCGGCCGAGUCGCGCCGCAAGUACGCCGCCAGACAGGCGCAUAGGGACAAGGGAGGGUAUGGCUCCUCCGGCUCUAGUCGGGGCAGAGGCGGUGAUGAUGGCGGCGGUGGAGGAGGGCUCUUUUUUGGACCGAGCAUCGACUAUGGGGGCGGGAGCUCUUCUGGUUUCGGCGGGGGAGAUUCUGGUGGAUGCAGCGGUGGUGAUGGCGGCGGAGGAGGCGGCGGUGGUGGUGGAGAGUAG